AUGGUUGACAAUCAAGGCGAAACCGAGAAAGUGAAAGACGGCCCCUUUAAUAUGGUUAAAAAUGUCUCGUCCAAGCAAGACGUGGAGGUCCUCGACAUCGACGCCCGCCUGCAGGAGCUGGCCCAGGCGGCUCCUCCUUUCUAUAAGAACCGGAACCUCAUCAGUCUCUAUCUGCUCAUGGUUCCAGGCUGUCUAGUACCUGCCGUUACCUUGGGGUUUGACGGUGCCAUGAUAAAUGGUCUACAGGCUGUCGAAACAUGGAUAAGUUGUAUGCAUCAACCGUAUCCAGCCGUAAAACUACGGAAGGAGAAAGACAUGACAUUGACAACUACAGACUUCAACAAUCCAUCGGGUUCAUUGCUAGGUUUGAUGACCUCGAUUAUUGGCGUCGGCGCAAUCUGUGCAACCCCAUUCAUCAGUAUGUUGGGCGAUAGGUUCGGUCGACGCUGGGGCAUCUGGUUUGGCUCGGCCGUCAUGGCUGUUGGCGGAAUUAUUCAGGGCGCGUCCGUACACAUCGGCAUGUUCCUUCUCUCACGUUUCCUCCUUGGAUUCGGGUUAGUCUUCGCCAACGCCUUCGCCCCCAUUCUAAUUGGAGAGCUAGCCCAUCCAAGAGAUCGUCAGGUUGUGACCUCUCUAUACCAGACAUCAUGGUAUCUCGGAGCCGUUGCGGCUGCCUGGGUCACUUUCGGAACAUUCAACAUGCCCAACGAGUGGGCAUGGAGAAUCCCAUCUCUCCUCCAGGCAUUACCGGCCCUAAUCACAAUGGUUGGAAUGUUCUUCCUUCCAGAAUCGCCCCGUUGGUUGAUUGCCAACGACCGUGCGGCAGAGGCAAAGGCGAUCCUAGUAAAGCACCACGCGGACGGCCGCGAGGGCGACGAGAUGGUUGAAUUGGAAUUCGCAGAAAUGAAACGAGUCAUUGAAGCUGAUAUGGCUCUGAAGACAUCAUGGAAGACACUCAUUGCCACCCCGGGCAACCGGCGCCGCCUACUGCUCAUGAUCAUGUUGGGCUGCUUCUCCCAGUGGUCAGGCAACGGGCUUGUCUCGUACUACCUCGUCCGCGUCCUCGAAACAGUCGGUAUCGCCAGCCGCAAGAACCAAAGCGUCAUCAACGGCUCCCUAAUGAUCUGGAACUGGAUAACCGCAAUAGCCUCCGCCUUUCUAACCGCCAAACUCCGACGCCGAACCCAGUUCCUUGUCUCAACGGGCGGCAUGCUCGCUAUUUUCGCUAGCCAAACGCUCUGCGCAGGCCUCUUCAACAAACACAACAACCAAGGUGCCGGAAAUGCCGUCAUCGCAAUGCUCUUCUUCUUCUACACCUUCUUCAAUCUCGCCUACAAUGCGCUUUUGUACUCAUACCCAGUUGAGGUCCUGCCGUAUCCAAUCCGUGCAAAAGGGUUCUCGGUCCUGAUGUUCUGCGGGAAGGCAUCGAGUUUUGUCAACGCACUGGUUAACCCAAUUGGCCUGGAGGCGAUUGGGUGGCAGUAUUACUUUGUUUAUGCGUGGGAAAUAGGGUUCACCGUCCAGAUAACAGCCGAAAGGGAAGGUGCGAUCCAGGACAAGAAAUACCCAUACGGCAAGUACGGGGUGGCCGGGGCCAGGUAG